AUGGGAAAACGUAAGAGGCAAGAAGAAAAUGAAUUAGAAAUUGAUACGGGAGGGAUUCCUACGGAGCCAAGGCUUCCUAUGACUUGCGAUCUACCAUCUUGUCCUAGUAACUCCAUCCUGUUUUCAAACUAUUAUGAGUACGAAAAUCAUAUUGUCACUUCACAUAAUUACAUUUGUAUUGAAUGUAAACGUAAGUUCCCAUCGGAGUAUUUUUUGAAUCUCCACAUAGAUGAGAAUCACAACCCUCUUUUGAAAAUUAAACAAGAACAGGGGACGAAGAUCUUCAAGUGUUUGCAAUAUUCCGAUGAAGGCUGCAAAAGAUUUUUCUCUACACCUAAAAAGAGACGAUUACAUAUGAUAGACAAGCAUCAUUACCCUAAAGAUUUCGAUUUCGGGGUGAUAAAUAAUGGAAUUAAAUAUGACCAAUAA